AGAAGUAUGAGGCAUUUGUGACCCUUGCUACCAACGACACCUAUGCUUUAGGAUGUCUUGUGCUGGCAAAUUCGCUCCGGAGGGUGGGCACAACAAGACAGCUUGUUGUCAUGGUUACACAAGGUGUUUCACCGUCAGUUAGGAAUCAGUUGAAUGGAGUCUUUGAUGAAACCUUUCUUGUCAACGUCCUUGACAGCAGUGAUACCAGUAACCUUGAACUUUUAGGCAGGCCAGAUCUCAGUGUGACCUUUACCAAAAUCCAUUGUUGGAGGCUCACACAAUUCAAGAAAUGUGUGUUUAUGGAUGCUGAUACUCUAGUUGUACAGAAUAUAGAUGAAUUGUUUGAUCGAGAUGAGCUGUCUGCAGCACCGGAUCCAGGCUGGCCAGACUGCUUCAACUCUGGCGUGUUUGUUUAUGUACCUUCAGAGGAAACGUACAGAAGCUUGCUAUCAUUUGCUGUGACAUCACAAAGUUUUGAUGGAGGCGAUCAAGGUCUCUUGAACCUGUACUUCAAAGGCUGGGCCACCGAGGAUAUUGGCAAACAUCUGCCGUUUAUAUACAACGUCGUUUCCCAAGCCUUUUACAGCUACUUGCCAGCAUUCAAACAGUUCCGAGACACCAUUAAAGUGGUGCACUUUAUAGGACCGGUGAAGCCAUGGCAUCACACUUACAGUGCUUCAACACGGACCGUCAGGGAGCUGCCGGACACUGGGCACAGUCAGGAGUUUCUCCAGUUGUGGUGGAACAUCUUCAUGCAGGAUGUACAGCCCAGCCUUGACCCUCAGCUUGGAGGUAUUGUUGGAGAGCUAGCACACAUCAGUCUUCAAGGGGACACUGUUGACAAGGAUGACCGUGGCAGGAAGCUCCAGUGGGAGCAGGGGCGUGCCGACUACUUGGGCGUGGACAGGUUUGAGAACAUCAAGGCCAGGCUGGACGAGAAAAUAGCAGAGCCAACACCUUCUAGUUCCAAAUCUUCACUAAAUAAAGAAGAGGAGCCGAAAACGGAG